AUGAUGGCUAAGAAAUGUUUCGAGCCAAGGUGUAUGAAUGAGGUUGAGCAUUCAUGCAAAUGCUCUUCUCUUGAGACUUUAUUGCGCAGAGAGCAUAUCGGGGAGCAUGUAAACUUGCCUAAUAGAGUUCAUAGUCUUGAAUCGAUUUUUAUGCAGCCUUAUGUAGGGACAAAAGAAGCAAUUCUUGAAUUCCUUACCAAAGAAAAGUCAAAAUAUAGCAGUUAA